UCAAGAUACAAUAUACACCAAAAAAUACGAAUACCUCAUUUAUAUAAAUCCUUUACAUCAGAAUCAUGAGUAAUUAUCUUAACACAAUAUUCAAAGCAGCAAAAAUGUAAUUCAGCCAUGAUGGAUUUGAUCAUUUACGUCUGUGCUUUUACUGUUUAAAUAUCCUGAAUGAAAAAAGGCCUGUCUAGUGGUGUAAAGGGUGAAAUGUAAGUGCAAAAUAGCCUAAACUGGAAAUACUUCAUUCAACUAGUGUCUCAACAUGUGCCUAUGUACAGUACUUGAGGAAUGUAAGGAGUUACUUUCCACCACGAGUGGCAGUGUGUUUGUAUGGGGGUGUGUGUUUUUGUUUUUUGUUUUUUUAUAAUUAGCACAUGCAGGCUCUACAACUGAAAUGGCAUGUGACACAAGUGGGUGUGUCCAUGAAGGCAGGUAAGUCAUGUCCAAACCUGCUCACCUUGUCUGCUGUUGCAUCAAACCAGCUCCACAUACCUGCACCGAGGACACCGGAACAGUCGUUUCUCUCUUUCUGUCUCUGGAUCAAGUUGCUCUUGUUAAAAUAGCAGAAAUGUCGAUCACAGUGUUUUUUACCAGCGUGAGCAGUUCCCGAGAGAUAAAGAAAACCCAGCAAAAAAUCUUCGAUGUUCUAAGCAGCAAGAAAAUCAACCACGUAGGUGUGGACAUUGCUCAGGACAUUGAAUCCAAAGAGUCAAUGAGGGAGUUGGCACAGAACCCUACUGCACUGCCUCCUCAGAUAUGCAAUGGAAACCAGUACUGUGGGGACUACGACGCAUUUGACAAUGCAAUUGAGGAAGGUACAUUGGAGAGUUUUCUCAAGCUCUAAAAGGAAUGUGGACCAGCCAUGAGACAACAAUACAAUACAUCUAUACUAUAUACGUAUUUCUGUGUCCUUUUUUUAUUCAGUCAUAUUUGAUAAUGCCCAAAUUCAGGAAAUGUAUUUGUCUUUUAGUGAAGUGGAAGGCUUGUCUUCUUUUGUUGUACAUCUGCACAGUUUUUAUGACUGAAAUAAAAAUACUUAAAUAAAACGCUGCCUGAUGCA